AUGUCAUCUGAUAGAAAUGAGAGGCUUGUUUACCGAGCUGGAUCAGACAAAGGUCCAACAUUUGACAACGACGUAAACACAAAUGAAGGUAAGUAAGUAUUUUGUGAAAGACGAUCUACUUUAAUGAAGUUCGGUCAUUAUAUCUAUGAACUACAUCCAUACCUACACCCUGAAUUUGACUUUAAACUUAAAUUUCCCGCCCAUUCAUAUUCCUUUCAAGUUUAUUUCCCAAAAGUGAUUCGCCAAAAAUAAAAAACAACAACAAAUCAUAAAUGGUGCGGGUUCAACCUGCUGCGCUUUCCAUUCCUUUUAAUCGCGACUUUAUAUUAGAUUUGCUAUUUAUUAGAUUAGUCCUAUUUAGGACUAAUCUUUCCAUUUUGUUAGAUUAGUCCUUCCACAUCCACGCUUCUUCUUUAUUUCCCAGGUACACGUAAGGGGGUUUUGUUGGCUUUUGUCGUUGUUUUUAUCACAGCAUGAAAUAGUGUGGAUAAGGAAAUGUUCGAAAAAGAAAGAUCGUGAAAACACAUUACAGCAUAGGGCACUCCCUUAUUUGGCCUUAACGGGCCGGGAAUGGACCGCUGAGUAGGGUUUCAGGGUGUUGAGUCUUAAAGAGGGUAUACAAUUUCACUAUUUAGCUUCUUGAACAGUGUGUCUUUUUGGACGGAGAGGUUUUAAAAGAGUGUAAAGGUCGGGCGAUGAGUGGUCUGCAUUUGUGGAAACAGCAUUUUUUCCAGAAAAUCUAAUACCAUGAUGUUCGUUUGAAAAAUUUCCUAACUCUCUUUGCAAAACUAAACGAAUUGGGUCAUAAAAUAAGGUCUCCUGUCUUAAACAGGGUAGCGAAAUAGCCAAUUUUUGUCUUAGACAGGGUCAGGAUAUGAAGGUCUCGGCGGCACACCUCUACUAACGGCUUCCCUUAACCCGAUAUUUUAAUUUCUCGAGGGACUUAAUCUCCCGUUUCCCUUGAAACUCCUGCCACGAACAGUGACGGGCACUAAUUACCUAAAGAAACUCCGAAGGAAGGCGGGAAGGGGGUAUUAAUAGUUUUAACUUGUUUGCAGUAUGGCUAGUCAAGAAUCGGAAUUUGUACUAUCCACUUCACCAAGACUAUCCAAAACGACGACAAACCACACGAACAAAUCGGGAUGUUUGUUUAUGGCAAACGGACAGUACGAACUCAGAGAACUUACUCGUCGAAGAGCAUCCGAAGUUUCGGGGAGUUUGCGUGAUUCAAUUAAAAGAGGUAGUUGAAAAUUAACUGGGUUAAGUUCAGUUAGAUGCAAAGUAGGAAGCGGCUUAUGGAGCUACAACCAGUUGCAGAAAUGUUGGGACAGUCCGACGAAAACAACGACCCUUCUUCCUUCAAAUCGCUGCUAGUCACAGGUCUGCGAUAUAUAAUACUGACCUUCCCCCUACCUUCCAUUCAUAGUUGUUCCUCCAAGUUUUGAGCAUGGUCUUGCAUUGCUAGCAUUUUUUAUAAGGGGUGGAGGAGGGAUGAAAAGCACAAGAGUGGACAGGCCAUUUAAGCCAAAAUACAUACAGUACAGUGUCUCAAGUACUUUUGCAGCUGGUUGUAGUAGUCAGGCGAGGAGUGUUUUUCCACUGGCUUCAACUUCCUAACUUGUUUUUACCAGGAACGACUGGUAUGGGGUAUAUUAUGAUAAUGCAGAUAAACGUUUCAGAAAACGUGAUUUUAUUUUUUCGCGUUUCCACGGUUGGUCGAAAAAGUCAUUGUCAUUUUUAGAUUUUAUCAGUGUUAUGAUCCUGAAAUUUAAACACAAUACUCCCUUGGAUACAAAUAUAUCUAAAAACUGCAUCCAUACCUACCUGUAUAAGGUAUAACAAGGCGCUAUGCAGCGUACACUUCGGCGUCGUAGUUGUGGAACUGAUUAAUUGUAAAUGCGGAGGAAUAGUAAGAAAUGAAAUUUGGAAAGAGUAAGGUGUUAAUUUGUGAAUUUAUAUGAUUUGUCAGGAUAUUCUGAAAAGAGCAACAUCCAAGAGGCCUACUUGUCAAAAACUAGCUUUUCAGCGCAAAUUGUCUCUAAGAUAUCAGCCCAGUUAUGCUCUGAUGACUCCAUACAAAUCCUUCUAAAUUUGACUUGGGUCCAAACGUUUAGACCUAAGUCAAAUAUGAGGUUACUGGCGGUGAAUAACAAGUCUAACAAAACAAAAAGUGAAAAAAUAAUUCUCUAUUUUUCUUACAUCAGGCUUCAAAAACAACAUAGCAGUCUCAUGUACUGAUUAAAGAUAUGUAAGGCAUGGGUAAGGAGUCAAUUAGGUUGAGCAUGGAAUUGGCUAAAACUCAUUGUUACGAGUUCCAAUGUUUUGAGGAUAAUUAAUCACUGACUAUCAGCACGCAGUGAUGUCGGAUUAACUCAAGGAAGUUUAAUACCAGAGGAACGUAGUCUUUACAGAAAACACAGCAUCCGCCAACACAAACUUGACUUGAACUUAAGUAAAACUAACCAGCCCCUGUCAAAAAUAACAAACUCUCACUUGAACCACAGAUAUCUUACGGCUUCCGCCAACUUGUAAACACAAAACUUGAAAAUCGACCUUCGUCAUACUUGACUGGCACAGCACUCCAGGUCGUGGGGAAAAAACUUAGUUCAUCAAAAGAACUCACCUGGAACUUGUAUACCGUUUGACAUAAGGUUCUAGAAAAUACUAAACAGGCGAAUAGUAGUUACUUUUUCUACAUAUUUUAUGAUUUCAGUAACUGAUGCAAAUCUGCUGACUCAUGCUGAAAUGCAAACAUGCCCUAAUUAAUUAUUCAUGAAUAAUCCAAAAACGUAGAGAACGUUCGAGAAAGUCACGCAAUGCAUGAAAGCAAUUUUACCACGUAACACUCAACAAAGACAGCACGUCUUUGUGCAGCAUUUUGUAACUUUAAAUUCAUCAUAAAACAGUUCGAAAGGAGCGCUCACUCGUGAAAUGUUUUUCAACACGCGAAGAGAAAUUUCGUGUCUCUGCGCGGCCAUGUAAUGUCCUCUAUUUAUUCCUCGAGUAAACUAAAGAUUAAACUCGCAGUGAUCUCAAGAUAUCACGAAGUAAUCCCGUCUCAUUUCGUGAAAUAGCCGAAACAAGCCAAAAAGUCACGAACUUGCGCGCUUAAUCUUGUCCCGAAACUAGUGCAUAAUUUCAUAGCUAUUUUUCAUAUUCCGAACUACCUUGGGUAUCGGCUAAUCCCUCAACUUUAGAGUCUCCUCUGAUCUGACGGGUCACACAGGUGAGUCGGUUCAAACCCCGGGAAAGCCAAAAUAAUAAUUCUUUCUUCCUCGAACAAGCUAAAGAAUAAAUCAAAGAAAUCAAAGUGAUCUCGAGAUAUCUCGAACUAAUUCUGCUCUCACUUUGUCAAAUAGCGAAAAAAACCGAAAACCUACAGACUUUGCGUGUCCAAUCCUGUCCCAAAGAUGUCAACUUUGAUACAUUCCUGAACGUUGCGCUCCACCGAAGUAAUAAUCUCUUGACAAGAGAGUUCAUAUAAUUGUCUUAAAAUUUACUAUUUCAUACAAAUUCGACGUGUGUUUUUUGCUCUUACAAACCCCGGCGUAACCACUCGAACCAAACCGAACGCUUUAUUUAUUAAUCGCACUUAAUCGAACAAUUGGGUGCGAUUAAGUUUGGUAAUCGAACCCAAUCGAACUCUCACAAAAAAAUUUUAGUAAUCGAACCCAAUCGAACUUUGAUUGAGUUCGAUUAGGUUCGAUGAUCAAAGUUGGCAUACAUUCGAUUAAAAAUGGGACGUUAUACGGAAGAUUGCGCGUGUUUUCCGGAUACUUUUUUUUAUAGGGGUCAGUCUUACGUACUGAGUAUACAGUAUGUAGGGAGUGGUUGUGGCGGACCAAUGUUGUGUAUUUUUUACGUAUUUUUGGAGCGAAAAUAUACAACAUCAGGGAAGAACAAGACUAUAUUGCUAUUUUACAAUUAAAAUUCAUCCUUUAAUCAGCAUCCCAGGUACAGAUUGUUCCAAUAAAAAUGGCGGCCUUUUGUUGCAAGAAAGCCUAGUGGAAUGAAUGAACCUUUAUACCGUUGAAUUAGCUAGUGUUUCAGUUCAUUGCAAUGCCCGGCUCGGUUGUUACAUGACUUUUCUAAGUUGACUCUACUAGGCUGAUAACAGUGGUGAUAAUAGAUUAUGUUUUAGUAAAGCUCCAGUCAAUCUAAUGUUCGAUUCAACUGAUUCUUGUUUGGUUCUUUUUAAUUUGCUCACUCUGCAAAAUCCUUGUUUAUUUUGAGUCAUUGGUUUCGAAUAAGUUCGAUUAAGUUUGAUCAGUUCGAUUGAGUUCGGAAAUCGAACUUAAUCGAACUCUCACGCAAACGUUUUGGUUCGAUUAUGUUCGAUCAGAUUACCGAACUUAAUCGAACCCAAUCGUUCGACUAAUUUCGAUUGAGUUUGAUAAAGUUCGAUUACCGAACAGUUCGAGUGGUUACCCCGGGUAAAAACUGAAGCGAAUCAUAAAAGCCAACAUUCCUUUUCGCGUCCCUGGAGAUUGCAUUAGUUUUACUUUCUAGUAGACACGUUCGUUGGCGCUGUUCUGAUAAAUAAGAAAGAAAUUGCCUCGUUUUCUUCAUAGCAUUAAGGGAUAAUUCUUCCUUCCUGUCGUAGAAAAACACCCAUACAAAUUUUCUUCUGUGCUUUAUAAUAACAGGGCGUCAAGAGAUCAACAAGCUAUAAAGAAGAAGAAAAAAGAAAACUCAUUUCAAAUGAGUAUCAAAAAAUUAAAGACGAAUUGAGCUCUUUAACCUGGGUUAAAACAAGUCCCUUCAGAUGCCAAGGAGGGAUGUCACUCAUACGCUUUAGUAUGCUAGUGCAUGCCAUAAAUGUCUACUUGAAUGACAACUAUCCAGAAGCCCCAGAAGACUUUAAUUUCCAGGCGGAGCUAAAGGCUGCAAGCCACUGGCAUUGGUCGGAUGAUGAAAAACGAUGUCUUGCGCUUGGGCCUCAUGAUGAUUGUCGCGUAAAAUUUGCUGCGAAACAGACAUUUGAUAAAUGGGUAGAAGAACUGGAUAAAGAGAGGGAACAGCUGUUCAAAAAAUCUGGAGAAGACAGCCGCUCUUCGGAUGAGGACGAAAGGGUGUCAGGUAAACAAGCGGGGACACGUUCUCCUCGGUCAUCUUCGGGAAUUUUGUAA